CAGGUCUGUCCUGCUACCUAGCAGGUGGGAUGGGCUGCACAGCCUCUCUGGAUACAAGCUGUUAGAUAGAUCUGAACAGCAGACUCACAAUACGCCGUGUAUAUGCACAGUGGCCAAAGAUGGUUUUUCUAACCACUAAAGUGAUGCAAAGGACUGCAUUCUUUGUGACAGUCGGGGGUUUGGUCACUUCUCUGAUCACCACCUUCCUUCCCCUGUGGAAGACAAUGAACUCUGACUUGAACGAGAUGGAGAACUGGUACUCUGGCCUGUGGCACACCUGCAUUUACACCGAGGAGGUGGGAAUUCAGUGCAAAGCCUACGAUUCUGUCCUGGGACUCCCAAUGGACCUGCAGAUCUCCAGAGUUCUCAUGUCAGUGUCUAUAGGCACUGGAGGUUUAGCUGUGUUGCUUGCCUUCCCAGGUCUGGAGGGGGUUGAGAUGUGUGUGGGGCAGCCAGGUCCAAAGAGAACGCUCCUCGUGCUCAGCGGGGUGCUGUCCUGGGUGUCGGGGGUCACCACUCUGGUUCCUGUCUCUAUUGUGGCGUACACAACUGUAGUGGAAUUCUGGGACGAGGGUUUUCCUGAUGUGAUGCCUCGCUGGGAGUAUGGGGAGGCAAUGUUCUCUGGAUGGUUUGGAGGUUUGGCUCUGGCCAUUGGAGGGACCCUUUUCUUUGUAGCUGUGUGCAUGGGGGACUAUGACCAGAGACCACCGAGUGUGCCAAACAGCCCGCAGGUGAAGCACAGGACACAACACUACCUGAAGACAGAGGUGUUAUAGGUUUCUUAUUGUCAUGUAUGUGUCAACUGCACAUUCAUGUAUUUCAUAUGGAGGCAUGCCAGCUUGUUAAACUGAGUGAUAAUGAA